AUGGAUCAUGUUCAACGACAGAUUGUGACUUCAAAGUCGAACCCGGAUGGGUGGGUUGCCAGUGCUGAAGUUCUUCAGGUGGCAGCGAAUUUCACUCCAGCGCCGGUGGGUUGGACGGUGAUGCACGUGGAUGGCAGUUUCAACCGUCGUGCAGCUGCUAUGAGCUGCGAAGGCCGUCUUCAAAAUCAUGAAGGUGCGCGGAUAGUUGGCUUUGCUAGUUUUGAGGGUAUUGGGGAGGUCUUCCUUGCUGAGCUAAUUGCAGUCAUCAAAGGUUUGAAGUUGGCUUGGCAGAAGGGGGUUAGGAAGCUCCUAUGCUAUUUUGAUUGUAUGGAGGUUGUGGAGAUGCUCUCCGAAAAUAGGUCCCACAACUUAUAUUCCCAUGCUGCGUAUUUGUCAGAAGCAAAGAAUUUGCUUCAUCAAGAGUGGGAAGUAUCCCUCCAUCACAAGCCUAGAGAGCAGAAGUUGUCCGCUGAUGCGUUAGCAAGGAUGGGAAUGAGGCUUAGGCUAGAUUUCUCUAUGUGGCUCACCCCACCUCCCUAA